UUGGCUCGCAGUCGCAGUCGCCGCCACAAAGUCGACAUAUUUCCGAAGAGAAAAAGAAGCGGAAAACAGUCGACGGGGCUCUCACUAAGACUGGCCACCACCACCACCCAAGGCGGAGCCCGUGUGUCGGAGAACCAUGGAGAGGGCUGACCAAAGAACAUCUUCGACACCAUACGGCGGAGGAGGAGUCGGCGGAAAACUUCGGAAGCCAACCUCAAGAAAGCCGCCGCCGACCCCUUACGCUCGGCCGGAGCAAAACCAAUCUCACAGGCGCUGGCUCUCCAAGCUCGUUGAUCCAGCCUAUCGGCUUAUCACCGGCGGCGCCACACGACUGCUUCCCUAUUUGUUUUCUAAAUCACUGCCCUCCAAUGCCCUUCCGUCUCCAGGAGACGAAGAUCAUGAUAAAGUGGAGGCAGAGGUGGAGGCUAACGUCUCUGGCGAAGAUGAACUCCGCAAUGUAAAUAAAGGGACAUCUUCCUUACCUGGAUUACCUGGUCCUGGUGGAAAGGUAAAUAGAUCAGAGAACAAAUCGGAUUUUAAUGGCCACCAAAAAGAAAGAGAGAAUGAUGUGUUAGCUGGCAAUAUAAAUUUUGAUGUUGAAAAAUGGAUCCAAGGAAAAACAUUUUCGAGGGAUGAAGUGAGUCAUUUAUUAGAGAUAAUACAAUCAAAGGCUCUUGCACCUUCUAAUAAAGUGGAAGACAAGAAAUUUUCACCACAAAGCAUUGAAAAACAAGCUGAGCAGCCAUCUGCUGCAAAUAGAGUUCUAAAAAUGCCUCACCAAGAGAAGCAGGAAGAUUUGGAGAGAGCCAUGUGGGGAAACUUAACUCCUCAUCCACAGUCAUCUCAGAAACUAAAUGAAGUUGUAGCCUCACCUGUGGAUAUUGCAAGAGCAUACAUGAGCGGCCGAAAAUCCCAAACAAGCUUGCUUCCUGACAAGACACCAGGUGACGAAAGGGCUUUGCUUCACAGUGACCAUCAAAUGUCAAAGCCCUUAAUUCCAUCAAUGUCUCCCAAUCCCUCAACUUGUUGGCCCGGUGCCAUGUCAGAAAGUCAGCGUGGUUAUUUAACUCCGAGAAGUCAAAGAGGUAGAUUUGGUCUUCAUAAUUUUCCUCGGACUCCAUAUUCUAGGAGUAUCUUUUCAAAGUCCAAGUCCAAGCUAACCGAAUUGCAAGGAGAUGCUCAAAAGUUUGUGAAUACACCAGCGCCUCUCUGGCAGCAGCCACGAACUACAGCUUAUGGUCAGAUGACGUCAAGCAAUGAUUCAUUGGAUGAGGCAACUGGUUCCAUUGGACCAAUUCGUAGGCUUCGGCAUAAGGCAUCCGCAGCUACUAAUUCCAGACGAUCUGCUUAUUUUUAUGCAAGCAGCCAACCGGAGACGAAGGUAGAGAAUUGUAAUAUUUUGAAAGGCAUUUUACCUGAUUCAAAGAAGAAUUUGGAACUUGGAGGAGCAAGCACCGUUCCGCUUUCAUAUUCAGUGGGAAACAACAACUCUGAAUCGAGUCUGCUGAUCGUCCGUCCACCAUCCAGUCAGGUUGCUAGGACAAUACUAGAACAUAUUAGUAGAAACCCACCCACUCCAAAAGAAAAGACUGAAGAGUUAAAGAGAGCAAUUGCAUGGAAAAAAUCCCCAUCUCCUGAUGUACAUACUAUCACGCCAAAUGGAACUAAUAGUUUGGCCAUAGAGUUAGAUUCUCGACAGAAAGCAUACCAAGGAGAUCAGAACUGUCACCCCCAAUUGAUGAGCGAUAAGGGGAAAACUGUGUCUACAGUUCUCCCAGAGGAGAGUGUUGGAAGAGAUUCUGAUGCUGUAAACCAACAUUCUUCUAAUCUGAAGUUUAGACUUGGCCAUGCUGAUUUGACACACAAGGGAGAUGCAGGCUUAAAAAUCAAUAGCACGUCUCCCAAGGAUGUUACAAAGAUUGUUCCAGCUAUUGGAUCCGAAGAGGGGACUAAAAUUAAGCCUUCCCCCUCUCUUGGAAUUAAACCAGGUUUCCCAUCCAUUACCAUCAACAAGCCUGAGUCAAAAUGGGCAUUUUCUUCCGACAGUGGUUCGGGGUUUACUUUCCCCGUUUCAGGAGCAUCCUCGGGCACGCUCUCGGAACCACCAACACCAUCCAUUUUUCCAUCAACCAGCAUUGGGGGCAGUCAGCCUCUGUUAUUGAAGCCUGAGACUGCUGCAGUUUCUUCAUACAGUUUCGGUUCAAAGAAGUCCAGUCCUACCCUUGUUUUCUCAUUCUCUUCAACAAACAGCGAUACAAUAUACACCGAUGCCAGAAAUAUUAAGUUUAGCUUUGGGUCCAAUGAUCAUACAAGACUGUCCUUCGGUUCUGUCGGGAAAGAUGCAGAUGCAGUUUGUUGCUAACCAAGACAUGUCAAGCUUAGUUUUCGAUCUCUUCUGGUUUGUGGAAAUGACUUGGAAUUUUCAAAAACAGGGAAAGAAACUCUCGUGUCAAAUAUACCUUAUUUUUAUAAACGAAUAGGAAAUUGCUAACUCAAUCAAAAACAGAAAACAGAACUUCUUUCCUGGUUGCUA